AUGGACAAUAGUAAAAUUUCAUCAGACGAUUCGAUGACUUCACAUGAUACACCUCCAUUUUUAUCUCACAUGUAUAUUGAUCAAAAGAUUCAUUCAUUCAAUAGUAAAUUUAAUUAUUUAAAACCAUAUUUAUCAAAAGGUUCCAGAGGAUCUUUACCUUAUACACUUAAUAUACCUGAGUCUAUACCAGAGGUUUCUGUUUCACCACGUCGUCAUUCCGUAUCAUUCAAUCUAGUUGAUAGUCAUUCACAAAAUUCUUCGCAUCAUCAACGUUCAAGUUCAUCAUUACUGGACGAUAUCAUAAUUGAACCCAUUGAAUUUGAGAGAUGUUUAUCUCCUUUAAGGGCAUGUGAUCUAGCUGCACCAUGUAGUAAUACAUUCGAAGAAGUUCUAAAAACACUUAAACAAGACAACCGCGAUGAUCGUUAUAGCAAUGAUGAAUUUAUUGGUUAA